GGCAAAGGCGGCAUCCUGCCCAUGGUCACUCGACCGCUCUGUAGCUGUCAAGUUAUGGGAAAGUCUCCGAGCCCACUAUUCACCAAUAUAAGGGAUCUCUGACUUGCCGAAGAGACUCAGACGACGCCAGAGCCGGAUUGGAGAUGAAAGGCCUACAGGAGUUGCGAGGACUGGGCCGGGUGGUAUACACCGGCAGUGCCGGAUGUAUCAUCAUCGUCCUCUCCAUCUACUUCGGCAUAGCCGGAUUCCCCUACCUUCUCCAGGAGCAGAUCAAAGCGAGAAUAGCCUUGAACAAUGGCAGUGAAGGUAUGAAAGCUUGGGAAACGCUUCCUUUACCAUUGGAAUUUAAAGUAUUCAUAUUUAAUGUAACUAACCCAGAUGAAGUUAGCAAAGGGAUGAAACCAGUUGUGCAAGAGCUUGGUCCAUAUGUUUAUGAUCAGUACAGAAGAAAAGUAGAUAUUGAGUUCACAGAAGAUGAUACAAUAUCGUAUAGAAUAGAAAAGAAAUUUUAUUUCAAUAAGAACAAAUCUGGUUGCCACAGAGAAUCCGAUGUUAUAGUUGUACCUAAUAUACCAUUAAUUGGAACAGCAUACAGUAUAGAAGAACGGUUUCCAAUGGGACUGGUUUUCAUAAAUACUUCAGCUCCUCUUUUAUUUCCUGGACUAAAAAAUAUCUUUGUUACAACAUCGGUCGGAGAUCUUCUUUUCAAUGGUGUUAGAAUAAAGUGUGAUUAUUUAAAAGGCCCUGCAAUGCCUGUAUGCCAAGGAAUCAAGAGAAAUCGACCUCCAUCGCUCAAAGAAAUUCCAUUAUCUCGAGACUUUGCAUUCAGUUAUUUCUCUGAUGCAAAUACAUCCCUAUCAGGAGUUUUCAAGGUCAAAAGAGGUAACAAAAAUGUUUAUGAUUUAGGGAGGAUUAUCAAAUACGAUAAUCACACAGAAUUAACUAUGUGGGAUAAGAAUACAACAUGCAGUGAACUAAAAGGAACUGAUUCAACUAUUCUCCCACCGAUUCCAAGCAAAGAUGAAGAUAUCUACAUAUUUUUACCUGAGGUUUGUUUGUCUUUAAAAGCUGUCAUGAAAAGAGAAACAAGUAUGUAUGGAAUUGAUGUUUAUCAAUAUUUUGCAUCAACUCACAAUUUCGAUUCUGGGAAUAAUAAUCCAAGCAAUUUAUGCCGAUGUAAGAAACAGGAAGAUGACCCUAAAGCUCCUCCUAAAUGCCUCCAUGAUGGAGCAAUAGACGCAUCUAAAUGCCAAGGUGCACCAGUGGUAUUUACUUAUCCACACAUGUUAUUUGCUCACCCUGAUUAUCAAAACUUUGUAGAAGGAUAUCAAAGAGAUUAUGACAAGCAUCAAACAGAAGUUUUUAUUGAACCGAGAACUGGUGUUCCUCUGGCAGCAUUCAAAAGAAUACAAAUGAAUAUAUUCUUGAAACGGCUGAAUGAUGUAGACGUUUUUGCUAACAUAAGUGAAGGAUUAUUUCCCUUACUUUGGUUAGAAGAGGCCCUAACAGAAGAACUAGUGCAGACAUAUUUGCCCGAUAUCAAAGAAAUGAUGAGUACUACGCACAUAAUUAUGAGCGUCACAGGUCUUUUGAUUGGAAUAGGACUAUUUUGUUUAUUGGUAGCUUUAAUUUUAUAUUUAAAACACAGAAAAAUUGCAUGCGUUAAGGAAAAUCAGGUAGUUUCUAACAUAUCCUUAAUAGGCCCUGGAAUGGCUACUAGAAAAGAUCCGGAUACAGUUGAUAAAAGAAUAUCCUAUGAUUUACCAAAUACAGUUGCCAGUGACAGGAUAACAGUUCAAAAAUUUUAAUAUUUACUUCAUUCAUUGGGAAAAUGUAAUAGAAAUAUAAGGCAAAUAUUCCAGUAAUAGACACUAUAAUAGUAAUAGGCAAUUUUUAACUCAUUAACUAAUAACAAGCUUUUUACAAAUAGUAAAAAUAUGAGUUUGUUUUUAGUUAGAACACUUAUGAGGGUGAUACCUGAACCUCAAGUGAUAUCAUUCCACAGUAGCCGAUUGACGUAGAUUUUUUAAUGAUGCAAGGCUAGGGUUUGUUUCAGGAAGGAUUUCUUAUUAUCUUUCUUUAGGUGAUAAUUUUAAAAUUUUCAUUCAUCUAUCUGUAAUUUACAAUUUCUUAGUUUAAAAUUGUGCAAUAUUUAUUUUUGUUUUUUUAGUUAGAAAAUCUAAUACCCAGAAACUUGGGUAUUACUAGCACAAUAAAAGCUGACGGAAUUUCAUGUUUUUCAUGAAUAAUUUACUUAAUUGACUAUAUAGAAAAAAAAAUCUAUAAAAGACUAAAUUUGCUUACCAUUAAACCCAUUUGCAACAAACUCCACCAUCAGAACUAAAGCUGUUUAUCAUUAACGUUAAAAAUUUCUCAUUAAGUGUCUAUUACUAGAACAUUUACUUUAAAUAAAUUAAAUAUGAACAAAAUAAAGAAAAUGUUGUUAUAUCUUAAAUUUAAUGUUAUUUAAAUAUUUUAAUACAGAACGAUCUGAAAUUAAAUUAAUAUUUUAUUAAAACAUUAAAAAAAUAUUUGAUGUAAUGGAAAAAGAGAUGUACAUAAUUUUAUUUUUAUAAUUAUAUGGAUCAGUUAUAAAAUAUUUUUGAAAACCCUUAAGUAAUUUAUAUUAACAUUCUGUAAAAUAUUAGGAUGACAAAUAAUUAAUAAAAUUGAUAAUCAUUAUCUUACACACCUUUUUGUGUAAAUUAAUCAUAUCACAAUUGUAACGAAUGGAUUAAUAUAUAAUGCUUUGUCUACUCAUAUUCAACUGCCUAAUUUAUUAAUGAAUGGUUUGUUUUUGAAUUAUGAAAUUUUAAUGAAAACAUUAAACUACCUAAUCAGUGUAUUUUAAAUUAAUAAUUCUAACAUGAGUAAUGCUCUUAUGAUUUUAUAAUUUAUACCAUAUGUAAACUAUCUUAUGAAACUUUCUACUCUUAUUUAUUCAAAUAUUCAGUAAGUUAAACAAAGAUUUGUUUUCUACCAAAGUGAAUAGAUAACUGUGAUAAUUUUAAGUUUUAUAAUAAUUAAUCUAGUAAUAAGUUAUUAAAAGUAAAAUAUAUAAAAGGGAUCUGAGAGCUAAAUGUAUUUUACAGCUUGUAUUUGUACUUUUAUGAAUAUUAGAUUUUAUGUACAUAGUAUUUUUAUGUUCACUAGAUUGUAUUUUUAUGAAAAAUAAUAAUAAUCACAAAUGAAAAGUUUCAUACAACUUAGAAGAACUGUAUAAAGUAAACAAGAAGUCAAUAUUUACAAUCAAGAAGAGACCAACACGUUUUAGAAUCAUAAACUUGAUGUUUGGCAUGCUAGAAGCACCAUUGACACUAGGUGAUACAUAUGUUUUCUCUAAAUAUAUUUUUUUAUUUAACAAAACUGGCGUCGUUAUUAUGUUAGUAAGAUAAUACUGGAGUAGGUAAAUAAUGAUAAUAGAUUUUAAUAUAAUCAUAUUUACCAAAUUGUAAAAAUUGUAUUUAAAAAAAACUUAUUAUCUUGUAAAUAAAUUAUUAUAAAUCAAUGAAUUACUUUAUACCUUGAAAAUGGAACCUUUAUACCAUGGAAAUAGUGACCAAAU